UUCAGGAACAAUAACAGCGGGGGGAGCCCGGGUCCCGGGAGCCGCCCCCGCCCCCCGGCCCGGCCGCGCGGCUCGCGGCCCCCGCCGGCUCCCCACCUCCGCGCCCGCCCCGCGGGCUGACCGGCCGACCGGGGCCCGCCCCCGGCGCCCACCAUGUACGCCUUUGUGCGGUUCCUGGAGGACAACGUCUGCUACGCGCUGCCCGUGUCGUGCGUGCGCGACUUCAGCCCUCGCUCGCGGCUGGAUUUUGACAACCAGAAGGUGUACGCCGUGUACCGGGGCCCGGAAGAACUGGGCGCCGGGCCCGAGAGCCCCCCGCGCGCCCCCCGCGACUGGGGCGCGCUGCUGCUCCACAAGGCCCAGAUCUUGGCGCUGGCAGAAGACAAAUCUGACCUUGAAAACAGUGUGAUGCAGAAGAAAAUAAAAAUCCCCAAACUUUCUCUCAAUCAUGUAGAAGAAGAUGGGGAAGUUAAAGAUUACGGGGAAGAAGAUUUACAGCUUAGACACAUCAAGAGACCCGAGGGGCGGAAGCCGAGUGAAGCGGCGCACAAGAGCAUCGAGGCAGUGGUGGCCCGGCUGGAGAAGCAGAACGGCCUGAGCCUGGGCCACAGCACAUGUCCGGAAGAGGUCUUCGUGGAGGCCUCACCGGGCCCAGAGGACAUGGACAGUCUGGAGGACGCCGGUGUGCCCCGGGCUCUGUAUGAGGAGCUGCUGCGCAACUACCAGCAGCAGCAGGACGAGAUGCGCCACCUCCAGCAGGAGCUGGAGCGGACUCGCAGGCAGCUGGUUCAGCAGGCUAAGAAGCUCAAGGAGUACGGGGCGCUGGUGUCCGAGAUGAAGGAGCUCCGCGACCUCAACCGGAGGCUGCAGGACGUGCUGCUCCUGAGGCUGGGCAGCGGUCCCGCCAUUGACUUGGAAAAAGUAAAGUCAGAAUGUCUCGAGCCCGAGCCGGAGUUACGGAGCACUUUCAGUGAGGAAGCAAAUACGUCGUCCUAUUACCCCGCUCCUGCACCUGUCAUGGACAAGUAUAUCCUAGACAAUGGCAAGGUCCAUCUGGGAAGCGGGAUUUGGGUUGAUGAGGAGAAAUGGCACCAGCUACAAGUAACCCAAGGAGAUUCCAAGUACACAAAGAACUUGGCAGUCAUGAUUUGGGGAACAGAUGUUCUGAAGAACAGAAGCGUCACAGGAGUUGCCACAAAAAAAAAGAAAGAUGCAGUCCCUAAGCCACCCCUCUCGCCUCACAAACUAAGCAUCGUCAGAGGUCCUGGCACACAGUGGGAGCUCAGUCGCCGAGGGCUGAACAAGUGCCACACUGAGACCUGCAAGCUGACCCCCUGACUGACUCUUCACACUGUUUCUUGCGAACUACUUUCCUUCCAUGUCGCAGUGUCUUCAGCUGAACACUAACCUCUUAAGACAGUUAAGAGGGCUGCUUGGAUUGUAGCUUGGAAUAGUUAUGUUUGAGGUGUGAGAAGAAGUUUCCGUUCUUUGUUGACAAGUGAGCUGCCCCCAUGGAGCCGACAUGACCUCGUGAUGGUCACAUCAUUGAAGCUCACAAUUGUUCAGUGCUUUGCAGCUUCCAGGCCCCCUCCUCUCUGCUCCCAGUGCAGGGUGAUGGGGAGUAGAAAUUGGAACCAGGUAUCGAAAGCCUGGGGUUGAGCCCCAACUCUGCUUUGCUUUAACUUUGAGCUCACCCUGGUUCUCUUACGUUUAUUUUUGUUUCCCCAGGCCCAGCGCAGUGCCAGUACCAGGUAGAUGCUUGGUGUGUCCAUGUGUAAAGGCAGGAUUCACAGUCCUUGCCCUGGCUGCCCAGUGGACCUGUAGACAUUUGUAUGUUCUUUGGACCCCAUUCAGAUGAUGUCAUUUGCAGCUAAUCUGGUCCCCAGUACUAAGGAACAUUCUAGAAGAAAAUACGUCAGCUGUGUGGCUUGGGGCUAUUACAGGCUCACUGUCUUCAGGCCCAUAGGCCAGGCCCUCCAAGUUUCCCUCACUGAUCCACUCCUCCAUUUUCUAAGCCCUUUUUAACCUUCUCUACUCUUCCAGAACAUGGUAGUCCACAGCUCUCUCUUUUUCAAAAGAUGACCAUGUCUCUUCCUUCACAGAGAAAAGAAAAAGAAAUCCCACAGCUCUGCACCACCCUAUCUACAAACUUCACUGGAUCCCCCAGUUCUUCUGCCUCAUGUUUCCUUCUCUUAUUUGGGACUGGCCGUUCUCUCCAACUGGAUCACAGCCCACCUGCCUUCCUAAGUACCUUGUCUCUCCCGCUCAACUGGGUCCUUCCCGGCACCAUUUAAAUAUACUUUGAUCACUCAUUUCUUACAGAAGCAAACAAAACACUCCCUAGACGUCACUUCCAUCACCCAGCUGCCGCCAUGUCUCUCCGUUCCUUUUCACAUCCAGGUUUCCUGAAAGAGUUGUCUGCAUUCACUGCCCGUGUGCACUGGCAACGCCCCUGCCAUCUGGCAUCGGCUCCCAGCCCUCUGCUUAACUCUGUCCUUGCCAGGCUUCCCCGUGGCUCCGCCUCUACCUCUUCCCCGGGCCGUUUGACCUGAUCUCUCCUCCUUUACUGAGAAACCCUCCUGCAUGCUGAGGUCUCCUCCUGCCUGUGGCUUCGCAUCCCCCCUGUGGGCUCCCCUCCCGCUGCCCUCGCCUCUGUCUCCAGCCCGCUUCUCUCUCACUGUGCAACGCUGCCCUCCGCUGCUCUCACUCCCGCCGUCCCCAUUGCCCUCGGCGUGCUCAUGGCCCUGGGUUGAAAUCCACACUCCUGGUGUCCUGGCUGCUGCCUGGCGAUCUGGCCUCUGGUGACUCCCCCGGCCUCAUCUCACACCACACUUCCCGUUUCCACUGUGCUCUAACCACUGAGGCCUCCUCCCGGCCCCCUCCUGUCCCCACUGCCAGCAGUGCCCUUCCUCUGGUCUGCACAUCCUGCCUGCUUGUCAUUCAGAGAGGCCGUCCCCGACCGCCCGGGCUGAUGAAGCGGCCCUUCCAUUGCUCUCUGCCGCAUCACCCUCCCUAAAGUCCCUGUGGAGCGCUUCUUCUUUGCUUGUUUAUUGGCUUGAUGGUUGUCUUUUUCCCCGCCUCCAUUAGAACAUCAGAUUUAUGAGCAUCUUGCUCAGGGCCAGCAUAUAGUCAGCGUUCAAUAAAUAUUUGUUGAAUCAGUGACUGAUUCCCAAAUCUAUGUUUGACCUCAGUUCACACUUCCACGUUCCCGACCCAUACAUCCAGGUGCCCACUGGUCACCUCCUCCUGGAUGUCCACGUGACACUGGCGCAUCUGCACCGCUCACUGCUUUCUCCUCUUCCUUCUCCCCAAAGCCUUCUGCCCCUCUGUGUUCCCUGUCUUGAUAAAUGACACCACCUGCCAGGGACCCAGAGAGGCCUCAUUCCUGACUCUUCCAUGUGCCUGCUCUCCAUCUGUUCUGCCCCAAAUACCUUUUAAACCGUCCACUUCUCUCCAUACCCAUCGCGCCUCACGUAGUCCAGGCCACAUCAGCUCUCGCCUGCCUUACUCCAGCAGCUGCCAGACUCCUCUCUCCAUUGGUAACCAGAGUGAUCUUUCAGAAACCCAGUAUGAUCCUGUUACCCCCACCCCGUCACAGCCAGUCCCUGGUGCCCAUUAUUGAAGGGUAAGCUGCUUAACGUGUCGGAAAAGCGCCUUCAUAAUCUGGCCCCUGGCUCUAGCUCCAGCUUACUUUUCAGCAACAUUCCCCUUGUUCACUAAGUUCUUACCAUAAUGAACUGCUGUAUUCCAACAAGCCUUGUCCCCUCUCACAUUAGGGAAUUUGUAAAUGCUACUCCUGGCACCUGGAACAUAGAUCAGACCGCCCACCCGACACGCGUGCUGCUCUGCCUGUCUAGCUGCUACUCAACACCCAGGUGUGCUUAGGAGAACCAUCCUUCAGGAAGCCUUCCCUGACCUCUCACGGUGGGGGGAUCUUUCUGUUGUGUGUCCCAGAGCACCCCGUGCCUACCUCUGUUCUCUUCUUUCUGUAUCUUUGCCUCACAGGUGCCGGGUCAAGCAACCCUUUAGAGCCCAUAACUACUUGUCAUGCUGGUGAGUGAGAAGGAAAUCGACUUGCCCAAGGUCAUACAGCGGGUUAGAUCAGAGCUGGGCUGAACUGGGCUCUCAGGCUUCCCAUCGUCUCCAGGGCUUUCUUGUCUUACCAAAAUACAGUGUUGAUUUGUUUUUUCUUUACUAGGCAGGCAGGUUUGAAGCCUGUCUCCCAUCGCACCAUACACUCCCCAUUUUUAGGCUAAUUAUUUGAGCUCGUCCAGACUGCGUUUGACUGGUUCUUCCCAUGCAAGCUGUCUGCUGGAUUGAGAUUGUAUUUAUUUUGUAUGAUUUUACCACAUUUAUUCGCAUUUGCCAUAUCAAAAUGACAAAAGCCUUGGUGCUCACAGGGUUGGUGAGGAUUUUCUCCUCUCUGUGGUUUUAAAGUCACUCCUUACCGUGUAGCAGAGGGAUGUGGUGAACGCUGACACUGCUUUAGAAAGACGAAAGCAGGAGGGCUGGAGGAGAGUCUCGCUUUAAUGACAAGCUCCAGAAUGGCAGUUAAACCUUAUUAAGGUCAAAUGACCUUUUUUGUUUGUUUGUUUGUUUUUUUUGCGGUACGCGGGCCUCUCACCGCUGCGGCGUCCCCCGCCGCGGAGCACAGGCUCUGGACGCGCAGGCCCAGCGGCAAUGGCUGACGGGCCCAGCUGCUCCGCGGCAUGUGGGAUCCUCCCGGACCGGGGCACGAACCCACGUCCCCUGCGUCGGCAGGCGGACUCCCAACCACUGCACCACCCGGGAAGCCUUUUUUUUUUUUUUUUUUUUUUUUUUUUUUUUUUUGUGGUAGGCGGGCCUCUCACUGUUGUGGCCUCACCCGUUGCGGAGCACAGGCUCCGGACGCGCAGGCCCAGUGGCCAUGGC